AGCUCAGCGGAAACAGCGCAGCUCUGAUCCCGCCCAGCAGCCUGAGCCAUCUUGUGUUUAGCAGAACAAAAACGGAGGAAGGAGCCGGAGGAUGUUAGGACGAGUCUCCGGACUUGUAACCACAAAGGCUCGGUGCAGUGGGACAGCAUGCUCGGCAGUGUAGCACCGAUGACAAACGGCAGACACAUCCCGGAGAACCGCCGAUGUUACCGUUAGCUCGCAGGCUAUCGAAGCUAAGCUAGCCAAUUAGCUCAGGCUAGUAGCCCAGGGACGUUAGAGAGAGGCGGCUUAAAGUUUCUGUCUGACCCCGCCGAACCAGCCGCUGUGAUUCGUAAAUAAUUUCACCGAAACCAGGAGGGACCUCGGAGGAAAUGGACCGGACGCGGUGCUGAUUAUCUGCUGAGAGGAAACCGGGCUAUGAGGAUUGGGGCUAGCUGCUAGCUCGGCUGCUAACAGUUGUUUUUCGUUCCAGAGCGGAACCACAAUAAGCCGCGGCCCUGGCCAUGCCCUCGAAUGCACGGGCGGGCAAUCUGAAGGACCCCGAGGUGGCAGAUCUGUUCUGCAAAGAUGAUCCGGAGAAGCUGUUCGCUGACCUCCGAGAGAUCGGCCACGGCAGCUUCGGAGCCGUCUACUUUGCCCGAGAUGUGCAAAACAAUGAGGUGGUGGCCAUCAAGAAGAUGUCCUACAGCGGCAAACAGACCAACGAGAAAUGGCAGGACAUCAUUAAAGAGGUGAAGUUCCUGCAGAAGCUUCGUCAUCCGAACACCAUCGAGUAUCGAGGCUGCUACUUGAAAGAACACACAGCAUGGCUGGUGAUGGAGUACUGCCUCGGCUCGGCCUCAGACCUCCUCGAAGUUCACAAAAAGCCGCUCCAGGAAAUAGAAAUAGCUGCUAUUACCCAUGGUGCACUGCAGGGAUUAGCAUAUCUCCACUCUCACAAUAUGAUUCACAGGGACGUGAAGGCGGGGAACAUCCUGCUGACAGAACCCGGUCAGGUCAAACUGGGCGACUUCGGUUCUGCCUCCAUUGUGGCUCCGGCCAACUCCUUUGUUGGGACGCCCUACUGGAUGGCUCCAGAGGUGAUCUUGGCCAUGGAUGAGGGUCAGUACGAUGGGAAGGUGGACGUCUGGUCUCUGGGAAUCACCUGCAUCGAGCUGGCUGAGAGGAAGCCCCCCCUGUUCAACAUGAAUGCUAUGAGUGCCUUAUACCACAUCGCUCAGAAUGAAAGCCCCAUCCUGCAGUCCAACCACUGGUCUGAUUCGUUCCGUAACUUCGUGGACUCCUGCCUCCAGAAGAUCCCCCAGGACCGGCCUACCUCGGACGUGCUGCUGAACCAUCGCUUCUUGUGCCGCGAGCGCCCGCUGACCGUCAUCAUGGACCUGAUCGCCAGAACCAAGGACGCCGUGAGGGAGCUGGACAACCUGCAGUACCGCAAGAUGAAGAAGAUCCUGUUCCAGGAGACCCAGCAGAACGGGCCGGUGUCGGAGGCCGGCGAGGACGAGGAGGAGGUAGAACAGUACCUGCUGCAGACCGGAACCGUGAACAGCAUGGAGAGCUCCCAGUCCGUCCCCAGUAUGUCCAUCUCAGCCAGCUCCCAGAGCAGCUCCGUCAACAGUCUGGCCGACGCCUCCGACGACAGCAGCAGCGAGAUGGCCAUGAUGCAGGAGGGCGAACACACCGUCACCUCCAACAGCUCCAUCAUCCACCGGCCCACGGGUCAGGACAACAUCUAUGAUGAUCCCUACCAGCCAGAGAUGGAUCAGCCUCAGGUUCCUUCAGCUGGACGCCGUCGAGCUUAUUAUAGAAACCGUGAUCACUUUGCCACCAUCCGGACCGCCUCUCUGGUGACCCGUCAGAUCCAGGAACAUGAGCAGGGCUCGGCACUCAGAGAGCAGAUGUCCGGCUACAAGAGGAUGAGGCGGCAGCACCAGAAGCAGCUGAUGGGUUUAGAGAACAAGCUGAAGGCCGAGAUGGACGAACAUCAGCUGAAGCUGGACAAAGAGCUGGAGAACCAGAGGAACAGCUUCUCCACGGAGGCUGACAAGCUGGCCAAGAAGCACCAGGCCAUCCUGGAGAAGGAGACUAAAGCCGCUCUGACAGAAGAGAAGAAGUUCCAGCAGCACAUUCUGGGCCAGCAGAAGAAGGAGCUGACCAGUUUACUGGAGGCACAGAAGCGCCAGUAUCGCCAGCGCAAAGAGCAGCUCAAGGAGGAGCUGAACGAGAACCAGUCGACUCCGAAGCGCGAGAAGCAGGAGUGGUUGAUCCGUCAGAAGGAGUGUUUGCAGCAGAUGCAGGCCGAGGAGGAGGCCGGCCUGCUGAGGAGGCAGCGGCAGUACUACGAGCUGCAGUGUCGCCAGUACAAGAGGAAGAUGCUGCUGGCUCGACACAACCUGGAGCAGGACCUGCUCAGAGAGGACCUGAACAAGAAGCAGACCCAGAAGGACCUGGAAUGCGCCAUGUUGCUGCGACACCACGAGUCCACGCAGGAGCUGGAGUUCAGGCAGCUGGGCUCGGUGCAGAGGACCAGAGCCGAGCUGAUCCGGACCCAGCACCAGACAGAACUGACCAACCAGAUGGAGUACAACAAGAGACGUGAGCAGGAGCUCCGGCAGAAACACGCCAUGGAGGUCCGGCAGCAGCCCAAGAGCCUGAAGUCCAAAGAGCUGCAGAUUAAACGUCAAUUCCAGGAGACCUGCAAGAUCCAAACCCGUCAGUACAAGGCACUGAGGAACCACCUGCUGGAGAGCACUCCGAAAUCCGACCACAAGGCCGUCCUCAAACGCAUCAAAGAGGAGCAAACACGUAAGCUGGCCAUCCUGGCCGAGCAGUACGACCACUCCAUCAACGACAUGCUGUCCACACAGGCUGUGAGUAAGCUCCGGCUGGAUGAGACUCAGGAGGCCGAGUACCAGGUCCUCAGGAUGCAGCUGCAGCAGGAACUCGAGCUGCUCAACGCCUACCAGAGCAAGAUCAAGAUUCACACAGACACCCAGCACGAGAGGGAGGUGAAGGACCUGGAGCAGCGGGUGUCGAUCCGCCGGGCACUGCUGGAGCAGAGGAUCGAGGAGGAGAUGCUCUCCCUGCAGAACGAACGCUCGGAGCGAAUCCGGACUCUUCUGGAGCGUCAGGCUCACGAGAUCGAGGCGUUCGACUCGGAGAGCAUGCGUCUGGGCUUCAGCAACAUGGCGCUGUCCGGCAUCCCGGCCGAGGCCUUCAACCAGGGCUACCCGACGCCCAGCCCGUCCUCAGGCUCCAGCGGCUGGCCGUCAAGACCCGUCCCGCGAUCCGGCAGCCACUGGAGCCACAGCGUCCAGAACUCGGUGGCGACUCCGUCCUGGCGCAGUCAGAACCACGGCGGCGGCUUCAGCCGGGCCGAGUCCAUCGCCUCCUCCCAUGGCCUCGGCAGGGACAGCGAGCUGAGUAAGGGCAGGAUUCACUCGUCCUCAUCGUCCUCCUCGUCCUCAUCCUCCCACCACCAGCAGCACUACCUCCCCCAGCACUACCAGCACCACCAGAGCACCCCCCAGCUCUACCGCGAGGUCCACGACUCCAGGGAGCGCGAACGAGCCCGAGAGUGGGUCGGCGGAGGAGGCCACUACUCCCAUCACUCCCAGGGCCACCACCACCACCUGUCCUCCCACGCCUCCUCCCAGUCCCUGGCCCUUCUGCCUCCCCCGCCGCCGCCUCCCCCCAUCUCCCUCUCCUCCUCCCCUCCCUCCUCCGCCUCCUCGUCCUCGUCGUCGCAGGGCGGCUACGGCGGCGGCGGCCUGAGCGUCAGAGGUCCGACCCUGAUGGCGCUGAGGAACAGCCCUCAGCCGCUGAGGAGGACGGCGUCCGGUGGUCCGGGCGGCGGCAGCGACGGCGGUUUGAGCCGGAGCACAUCGGUCACCUCCCACAUCUCCAAUGGAUCCCACCUCUCCUACUCCUGAAGGAGGCUACGAGCUGAAAACAGGAGCAGAGAGAGGGCCGGUUAGUUUUUCAUUGUUAGAUUUUAAAACGUGAAUAAUUUGAUCCUUAAAAAAAGAAAAAAAAAAACCCAAACACAAAUACCCUGAUUUUAAGCCUAUGAUUCAGGAUCUCGUUUCUGGAAACGUGCAGGGAAAGAAAGAGAGGCUGCAGCAGAGUAUAUGGCAAGUCAGCUUAACAUUUAAUAAGUGGAUGUGUGUUGUAGAAUUCUGAUGGUUGGAGUUACAGUUCCUGGUAUCUGGCUUGUCAGAAUUCUGCUUCACUUAAUUGACUUAAUCUAGAUAUCGUACAUUCAGUUUUUUUUUUUUUUAGAUAUCUUAGAUUUAAGAUAUCAAACUCAUUUUCAAUGUGUAUCUUAAACUAUUGAAGUGCCGGUCAGAAUGAUGAUAUCUGGUGGAUGUCAGGACUGCACUGUAAGCUUCUGAUUAGUCGAUUAUUUUGAGUAGUCAAAGCUAAACUACAGAGACCUCUAAGUUGUUUUGACCACCUAGACUGACAUUGAUAUCCAUCAUGGUAGUUCUGGAUAGCUAAAGUUAGCUAAUUAAUUUUAAAGCAACUUGCCAAAAUGGUAAAUUAUCAGUUAAAGGAUGUCAAGACUGCAUUAUAAGUGUCUGAUAAGCGGUGCAAUUAUUUUGAUUAGUCAAAACUGAAUUACAAAGAUCUGUAGCUGUAGUUUGUUUGGUCAGAAUUAAAAUUCCAGAGAAGAGUUGCCGUAGUAGAAACUAUUCAAGGGAUGUCGAGACCACAUUGUAAGUGUCUGAUAAGUCGUGUCUACAGCCGUCGUUUUUGACUAGAAAACUGAACUACAGAGAUCUAACUUGUUUUGACUGGUCAGAGUGAUGCUAAUAUCUGUUCCUUUAUCUCAGAAGUCAAAUUCAGCUAUUAAAUGUUAAAGCGUCUUGCCAUAGCAGAGUUUUUUAAAACUCCGAGUUGCACAGGAGCAGAGAAGUAAUCAGAAAAAAAAGACGUAAAUAAGACGUGAAAAUGAGCCAUGCAUUACAAAGCGAACAAGUCGAACCAUCGGAGAAAAAGCUCAACUUUGUUCGUUUUGUAGCCUCCAUUGCACAGUGUUGAAGGUUUAAACCGACUCGAUUGUCGGAUCAGGUGUUCAGAGUCACGGCAGGUUUAGAUUUUUUUGUAACGAACUGAGUGACAGUUGUGGAGCUUCCACUUGGCCUGCGGUGCUUUAAAACCACUGUAACUAUGUAAAUAACGCUAAAAUUGUAAACCCGGUUUUUGAUUUGUAAGUGUUUGAUAGCGGGGAGGGUUCGGGGCGGAAGGAGUUGACCAAGGGAAGAUUUCUUGAAAACACACUUUUAUUUGUAGUGAUAAGAUUCCGUAUAUGACAAUAAAAACACUGCCAUCUUUGUGUUGGGCUGCAGAGAAACUCUACCACUGCCCUCUGAUCUAAUAAAAGGAACAAACCUCGGGAGCGUUUACAGUCAGGAUUAGUUUAAUCACAGCAGAGUUGGCUCCACUUUCAUUUAGCUUAGCGCUGAUGCUAAAAGCAGCUUCCAGCAGCUUCACAUUUACAGGAUUUCUAUUUAGAAAUAAUGAAACAAACAGCAGACUUUGAGUUGAAACAGAAAUUCAAAAAUGAUCUCUCAAUAUGACAGAAAAGUGUUUGGUUAAUGUGGAAAAUAAGCAACCUGCUCUCCUAAAAGCGACAAUUCUUCGCAGCUAAGCUGUUAAAGAAAGAUAUUUCCUAAUAUAGGAACAGCUUCCUGUUUGAAAUGGAGGAAUAUUGUUUCAUUUUCACUCACUGUUUGGUUGAAUUUAGGAAAAUAUCACAGUUUAGUUUACACUUUCUCAGCUCUCAGUGCAUUUUAGAAGCUUUCUUUAAAACUACCAUGUUAGAUUUAGGUUAAAAUACGACACUUUAAUCCCUGACUGAAGCUUAUAUGUUGAUUAUAAACAUUAAAUCUGUCACAAACAAACGUAAUCCAGGAAAAAUGUUUCCUUCAAAACAAAGUUGAGAUUGCAGAUUAGUUGUUUGAAGAUAAUUUUUGAAUAAAUGACACACAUGAACAAAGACCUUCACUUUUAACACAUUUUUUAAAAAUUGAUUGAAAAACAAUUUCAAUUUCAUGCAAUUACUUAAAGUGACAUGAUAUUAAAAGUUUAAAAAAUUGAAUGACAAGAUUUUUUUAAAACAAAAGUUGUGAAAUUCACUUAUACAGCGUGAACAGGAAAUUAAAGAUUACAUUUCAAAAAUUUCCCAAAAACAGGAGAUUAAAAGUAAACAAGAGACAGAAAAUAAAGGACAGAAAGUGAAAAUAUUAAUUUUUAUAAGUUGUGAAAUAGUAAUUAAUCUAAAGUAAACGAACCACGAAACAUAAACUGGCAAGAAAUUUUCAAAACUUUUCGAAAAAAUAAUUGGCAAAAUUAGAAAUUAAAUAUAAAGCGACUUGAAAAAUAAAAAAAUACAAAAAAUGUGAAGUUAUAAAAUGUCAACUGACAGGAAAUAAUUAGUAGACAAUCAAACUGACAUGAAGUGAAAGUAACAUAAAAUGUUUGAGGAACAUUUUACAAAAUAUAAAUUGACAAAAUCAAGUGAAAACUGACUGGAAAUUAACAGUAAACAAACUGAUAUGAAGUUAAAGAGUGUGAGGAACAUUUUAUUACAAGAUUUAAAAUUGACAAAAUGUGAUGUUAUAAAAUGUACACAGACUGGAAAUGAAUAAUAAACAAACUGACAUAAAGUUAAGUUAAAUUAAAAGUGCAAGGAAUAUUUUUCAAAACAAAAAUUGACAAAAUAUGAAAUUAUAAAAUGUAAACUGACAGGAAAUUAAUAGUAAGCACACAAACUGACAUGAAGUUAAAUAAAAAGUAUGGGGGACAUUUUACAAAAUAAAACUUUCCAGAAUUAGAAGUUAAAUGUAAAGCGACUGGAAAAUUAAAAUGACUAAAAAUGUGAAGUUAUAAAAUGUAAACUGACUUGAAAUUAAUAGUAAACAAACAAACUGACAUGAAGUUAAAUAAAAACUGUGAGGAACAUUUCACAAAACAAAAACUUCCGAAAUGAAAUGUAAAGCGACUGGAAAAAUUAAAAAUGACAAAAUGUGAUAUUAUAAAAUGUAAACUCAUUAAAUUAAUAGUAAACAAACAAAUUGACAUGAAGUUAAAUUUCAAUAAAAACUGAUGAACAUUUUACGAGAUAAAAAUUGACAAAAUGUGACGUUAUAAAAAGUAAAAUGACAGAAAAUUCUGUUUCAGUUCCUAAUUGUGCUUUUAUUUUCAUUUUUAACACAAAUAAUUGGAAUUAUAUGACAUAUUUUGGCCAAAUAAUUCCACAUCGUGAAGGCUGAAAAAAUGCUUGAUGUCUUCAUGUCACCUCGAUGGUUUAAACAUGUAAAAAACUAAAAUGCGAAGCUGUUGGAAGACGUUUUUAACACUGCGAUGCUUCAUGCUAAGCUAACUCGAGCCCGUUUCUUUGACUGCGGUAAACCACAAACCUCCCCGACAUUCCUUCAACCGGAUGCUGCCACCGAGUGUUUUCGCACUAAAACCUGAACGUGUGUGUCGAGUGUUUGUGAGUGUGUGUGCGUGUGUGUGCAGCUUCGACUCACCCUUCGAUUCCCCCACAAGUCUGCAUCUGUAGAUACGAUGUACAUGUGCAUUAUUACAGAUUAGUACAACUCGGCGCAUGGAACUCGUGUACAGGCGGCAUUUGUAUGAAUAAACAUGCACACUACUUAUUUAUAUAAAUGCAUAUAAAUGUAAGAUACCUGUAAAUGUAGCAGGUAUAAUACUGAAGAUUGUUCACUGUCCAACACUUUGACUUGCAUUGUACUUACCAGUGUACAUAGAAGCACUAACUCGAGACUGUGUUAGAGUAAUAAUAAUGAUUAUUUUGUCACGUGAGUUAAACCGAUUUGUACUAGAUGCAGACAAAUAGAAGCUAUCAUUAUUAUUACUACUACUGCAGUUGGAAUAUUUAUGUUGUAAUGCAAAUUUUUAAGUUUUUAAAAUUGUAAUUGCCAAUUUUGACCACUAGGUGGGGAAUAAGCGCAAUGUUACUGUGAUAGAGCUAUAAAAAUAAUAAAAAAACAAACAUAUUAAUGUUUCUAAGGAGGACAAAAAGGACUACCUUUCCCAGCAUUCCUGUCGAGGUCUCAGGGUGGGAGUCUCCAGUUCUGGGCAGGGCUGCGUUUUUAGUUUUUGUUUUUGAGCCAGUAUUAAAAUGUGGAGUCGAUAUUUCCGAAUUCUUUCACUACAUUUGGUGCCAUGUUUUUAUUAUUUUUAACUUUUAGAUUUUAUAAUUUCGCACUCUUUACCGUGUGAAGGACUUUUUCUCCCACACACAAAAAGAAAAAAACACUGUAACCUGCAAAAUAUCAAGCCCAAAAAGUGUCCAGUGUUACAUUAAAUGCUUGAAAAAAUAAUCAUAUGAAUAAAUUGUGUGAAAUACGAACAUCAAAACGUCAGGAAAAAUAUUUAAGAAAUCAUUAAAAUUCAAGUCAUUAUUAUGAAAUGUUAUUUUCACAUUAUUUUUACUGCAAUACUUUUAUUUUUAUUUAUUUUUGUAGUUUUUAUCUUAACAUUUUUGUCGAGUGAAGAAAAAAUAUAUUGAAAUUGGUAAAAUCUAGUAAUUUAGGAAAAAAUGGUUAGUUUCAAAAUAAGGGUAAUAAUAUUUUCUGUUGAAAAGUCGAUUAUUGGCAAAAUUUUAAGGUAUUAAAAUGUAAAGCAGGAAAUAAUUGUAAAUUUAAAAAAGGCGAAGUAGAAAAUUUUUAAAGUAAGACACAGAAAACUUAAUCAAAUAUAAACUGUCAAAAUAUGAAGUUAAAGAAAGGAAAAAUUUGUUUAAUAAAAUGUGACAAAAUUUAAUGUUAAAUCUCAAGCGACAAGAAAUUAAUAAACGAAAAAUAUUGACUUGAAGUUGAAAGUUAUAAAAUAAGGGACAAUUUUUUUAUUUUAUUAAAUAAAAAGUGAAAUUUAAAGUAAAAAGGUGAUAUAAAAUUCAAAUUCAAUUGAAUAAAAUGACAAAAUUUUAAAAAGGACAAAGUUAAAGUUAAAUAUAAAAUGAAAGGAAAUUAAUUGUAAAUUUUAAAACUGACAAAAGAUUUUAAAGAGACCGAAGUGUGAAGUUUAAAAAAGAAAAAUUUGUUAAAUAAAGUGAUCAAACUUAAAGUUAAAUCUCAAGCAAAAAGAAAUUAAGAGUAAACAAAAAUAAGUUAGAAAAUAAGGCUCAAAAUAUUCAAAUUUUAUUUCAUGAAAUAAGUCAAAAUUUUGAGUAAAAAUGUGAUAGAUAAUCUAAAGUUAAUUCAAUAAAAUGAGGAAAAUUUACAAGGACAAAAUUGAAGUUAAAUGCAAGGAGACAGGAAAUUAAAAAUGACAAAAAGCCAUCACAUUAAGAACAACAAAAUAUUUCAUAAUAAUGACUUGAUUUUUAUUUUACCAAUUGUUUUAUUUCUGUAUUUUACACAGUUUGUUUGUAUGGUUAUUUUCCCCCCAGUUUAUUGUAAUUUUGACCUCUCUGGGACUCCAUACAGGAACUCCACUCUGUGUUUUGAUUUGCACAGUCCGAAUGGGUAGAAAAUCACGACCUCCGUGCGAUCGGAUGCUGUCUUUAGUUGUCAUGUCUACCUCAUUUGCACUGAUAGUAAAAGAAUGUUUGGGUGGAUUUUAAAGGAAAAAAACAUGUUUUCUUGGCUUUUUCUUUUUGUUUCCUUCUCAUUUUUUGUGCAAAUGUUGACAAAGAGAUGAUGAAUGAGAGCCGGAGGACGAGCUGACGACGCCACGUUCGGAGUGGAAGCUGUACAGUUUUAGUUUCUGAUCUCUCUUCGCUGACAUGCUGGACUUUCAGGACAAACACUUUGCAUCGUAAAGCAAAGUGUGCUGGCUGUGGACGGUGAAAAUGUUUGUUGGGAAUCUGCUGGCCGACAGACAAACUGUUCAAAACGUGAGAUUUCAUUUUGCCAACUUUGAUUUUUUUCUCUUUUUAAAUGCUUUUAUGUUGAAAUGCCGACCAUUCCUCAAGUGUUAUUUUUUUGCCAAUUAAAGCUGCACUCUGGAAGUUUAAACCCACAUAAACACACUUUAUUUCUACUCUCGGAAACACUUUUGUAUUAGAUUGUGAGCAGUUUAUUGACUGUAGGAUUUCUGCGUUUUGGGAAAUUUUCACAUUUUGCCGUCUUGUCUGGAAUUACUAGUCGAAAAAUGGUUGUUUACAUAUUUUCCGAGUUGCAGAAAUGUCAGAAAAUGAUAAAAAAAAAAAAAUUCCUCUUAAGAGACAUUUUGAUAUUCAGAGUUAAUUUAUCAUUUAAGUCAUUUCAAGCAAAAACACCAAAUUUUCUUCUGUUACAGCUGCUUUAAUGCAAUAAUUUUCUUUCUUAAUUUUACACAAAUCCAAAUUUCUUAAUUUUUUACAAUGAAUAGCAUCAUUUUUAUUACAAGUACAGAUUCCAGGAAGUGCCCAUAUUUUCUUUUUUUUUUAGAAAAAAGAAAGGGGGGGGGGAAAGCCUGAAGUAAUCAUAAUUAAGCAAAUAGUUUAAAAUAUGAGUAAUACAAUAAAUUGUCUUUAUUUAUUGUUGGAAAAAAGCUACUUUUAAAGCCUGUUUUCAUUUCAUAUUUGUUUUGUCAAAAGUUGCUUUUAUUUAAUGACACUUUUAUGACGUUUUUAUUUUAUAAUGUUGCUGUUUUUUGAUAAAAUGUCACCUGAGAUGCUGGAAAAAUUAAGAUUUUACAGUCAAAACAAUCAAGUAAUUGCAGAAAUUAUCUGCUAAUUACUGAAAAAUAAUCUAUCACUGCAGAAAACUGAAAAACGUUUCUGAAAAGCAGAAAGUGUUUGCGAUUAAGAUGCUGGAAAAAUGACAAAUAUUACUUUGACUAUCUGAAAAUAUCUCUCUUAGCUGUAAAAUGUAUUAUCUGACUAAUAUUUUCAGCUCUGGUUGACUAAUUUUUCAUGUUUUUGUCAUAAUUUGUUCUGCAAGUGGCUCUGUGGUGCGUUCAAGGACAGUCGGACAUCCAAAAACUGAAGCAGUUUGAAGAUAUUUUGUUCAAAAUGCUUCUGGAGUAAACGGCAAGCGAGAAAAUUUCCCAAAACUACUGUUAAAUUCGCUGGUUUGUGUUUGGGUCCACAUGGUGCAGAUUUGUAAACAAACAAACAAAAACACCCCGAAUGUUGUUGUUUGUGGCCAGCAGGAAGAAACUGACUGGAGCAGCUGAGAGGAGGAUGAAGGUGAUGAUGAAGGUGAUGAAGGUGGAGGGUUCUGCUGUAGUGAGAGUCAGUGUUGGUUGAAGGUUGUGAGUCUGUCGGACGUUUUUGCAGCAGGAGUUUAAAAUGUUUCAGGUUCUGAGGUUGAAAAAAAUACGAGUUGUACAGAAACGUAACAAAAUAAUUUUGGAGAAAUAAAAGAACAAAAACAGA